AUGUCUGAAAGUUCAUAAUUUUGUGACAUAAAUUUGAAUUAAACAAUACAUACAUAUAUAAAAUCUUUAAAUUAAUAAGAUUAUUAAUAAAAAAAGUGUUUUAAAUUUUUUAUUCAUAAAUUUAUAUUCGUUGAAACUUAGUUUUAAAAGGAGGAAGGUUCAAACAUAGAUAUCUAGUUAAACAAUUAAGAUUAGAUUUUUUCUUAAAUAAACGAAACUUCACUCACAUUUAGUUUAUAUAGUUUCAAAAGCUAUUUUUCAAUUUAUUUCAGCUAGGUAACAGCUUUAUUAAAGUUAGGAGUUAAUCCUUAAUAAAUUACACCAUUUUAGCUAUAGUUAUAUUAUUCAUUUUCAAAAUUUUAUACAUUUUUAUUAAGAGCUUCUUAAAUAUUUUUUAAUCUAGCAUUAAUCUCAUCAAAUUAAUUACCAAUCAUCUAAGUUUAGCUUUCAAAAAAUGAAAUAGUGCUAAAACUAUUGUCAUUUGAGGAAUGUUAAGAUAGAAAACUACUAUAAGGUUAUGUAAUCUAUGAAAUAUCUUUAUCUAUUUCAUUAAUUUUUUUUAAGUAUUAAUUUUAUGGAUCUUUAUUUUUAAUUGAUUCUUUGAUUUCUUAUAUAUUAUAAUUUUAAUAAUGCUCCUUAAAUUUAUAAAAGUAUUCAUCAGUAUCAUUACCUAGCUAAAAUUAAAUAGCUUCUUCUAAAGAAAGAAAGUAUUCUAAUAUUUUGCUCUAAAGAUUAAUUUCAGCUUAAGCUACUACUAGAGCCUUUUCAUUAUAAUUGGGUUAAUUUUAUAAUUUUUAGUAUUAUUAGUUUUGUCUUUAACUCAUUUUUACUUUUUUUUAUAGUUUAUUUAUUUUUUGA